CCCCUCCCUUUCCCCUUCCUUCCCCGACGGCUGCCUCUCCUGGCUUCCCUUCGGCUCGGCGGGCCGUCUCGCCUGCCUCCUACCAUGUCCGCGGCUCCCUCCCUUCCCAAAGAGCAGCAGCAGCAGCAGCAGCAGCCGAGCCCCCCUCCGCCUCCUCCGCCUCUGCCGCCCCCGCCGCCUUUGCCUGCGCCGGAGGAGAAGGAAGGGCGCGCCGUGCGUCUGCUGGGCUCCUGCCUCCCUUCUUCUUCCUCCCUUCUUCUUCCUCCCUUCUUCCCCUUCCUUCCUCCCUUCCUUCCCCCCAACGCUCCUCUUGCGAGUGAGUGGGUCUCUCCUCUGCCCGUCCAGCUCGUCUCUGUCUUGACUUGAACGGGGCAAGCUAUGAUCCUCAGCCUUUCUUGACUUCCUGGGCAGGCGGGCAAGUUUCUGGCGAACUUUCCUCGGUGCCAAGCCGUUUGGAGGCGUCCUGCGUCUUUGGAGGCGGGUUUAGCUGGCCCCUCCACCCACCCCCUCCUCGACCUCUCUUUCUAGUGUGAGCCUGGUUUCUCUUUUCCACCCUUGGAGCACGAGCCCCGGUUGGGGGGAUUCUCUCCCUUCCUCCCGAUUCAUCCAUGGCGCGAUCUUGCCCCCUGGAGGCAUCCCCAAGGCUCCUUCUCGCUUUGCUUCUGAACUGCCGGGCUGCUCCUGGCGAUGGUUUCCAUGCCAUUGAGGCAGAGAACCUGCUCCGGAUUUGACUCUGAACUUCGGAGCCGCUCUCCAAGGCACAGAGCCCUCGCUCCAGAGUGGAGAAAUCUAUGGCUGGAGUUCCACAGUGAUGUGAAAUAACCUGGUGACCAAGAUGACUCUUUUACCAGGAGAAAACUCAGACUAUGAUUACAGUGCAUUGAGCUGUGCUUCGGAUGCCUCCUUCAACCACCCUUUCUUUGCUGAAACAGAAACUCUCAAAGGUGUAUUUUAUCAGAGAGCAAAACUCAUUCACCCUGGGGAAGACCUCUAUGAAUGCAUUCACCCUGAAGACCGGAAGCACCAUAUCAUCAUCAAUGUUGGGGGCUUUAAGUAUUUGCUCCCAUGGACCACACUCGAUGAAUUCCCCAUGACCCGCUUGGGACAGCUAAAAUUUUGCAACAACUUUGAUGACAUCCUCAAUAUUUGCGAUGAUUAUGAUGUCACUUGCAAUGAGUUCUUUUUUGACCGGAACCCAGGGGCAUUUAGGACCAUCUUGACUUUCCUGCAGGCAGGAAAGCUUCGACUCUUGAGAGAGAUGUGCGCACUUUCAUUUCAAGAGGAGCUGCUGUACUGGGGCAUUGAGGAGAACAACCUGGAGUGGUGCUGCAAGAGGAAGUAUCUGCAAAAGAUGGAGGAAUUUGCUGAACUGAAUGAAACAGAGGAUGAGUUCAUUGAUAGUGAAAACCAGUCUGAUGCUGUGGUGGAGACCAAAGCUGGCCUUUGCAUGAAAAAGCUCCAAGACAUGGUAGAGAGGCCACAAUCUGGGAUUCCUGGCAAAGUGUUUGCCUGUUUAUCAGUGAUCUUUGUGACUAUCACUGCAGUCAACCUGUCUAUCAGCACCAUGCCUGGUUUAAGAGAGGAAGAGGAGAGAAAUGAAUGUUCUCAGAUGUGCUACAACAUUUUCAUAGUGGAAUCAGUCUGCGUAGGAUGGUUUUCCUUGGAGUUCAUUUUGAGGUUCAUCCAGGCACCCAGCAAAUUUGUCUUUCUGAGGAACCCCUUAACCAUGAUUGAUAUAGUUGCCAUCCUGCCCUAUUAUAUCACUCUGUUUCUAGACACUGCUUCAUUGGGCAGUAAUAAAAAGCCAAGCUCAGGCAACAUCUACUUGGACAAGGUAGGCUUGGUGCUUCGCAUACUCCGUGCCUUGAGGAUUCUCUAUGUCAUGCGGCUGGCCAGGCACUCACUAGGCCUGCAGACUUUAGGACUCACCGCUCGAAGGUGCACUCGGGAGUUUGGGCUUUUGCUGCUUUUCCUUUGUGUAGCCAUUGCACUGUUUUCACCACUCUUGUAUGUGAUUGAAAAUGAAAUGACUGGCUCCCAAGAGUUCAGCAGCAUCCCUGCUUCAUACUGGUGGGCUGUCAUCACUAUGACAACAGUUGGCUAUGGCGAUAUGGUACCCCGAAGCAUCCCAGGCCAAGUGGUGGCGCUGAGCAGUAUCCUGAGUGGCAUCCUUCUCAUGGCCUUCCCUGUCACAUCCAUCUUCCACACCUUUUCUCGCUCGUACAUUGAGCUGAAGCAGGAGCAGGAAAGAAUUAUGUACCGGAGAGCACAGUUCUUAAUGAAAAGCAAAUCAGAGUUAAGUCAUGCCUCACAAGGGAGCGACGUAUUUCCGAGUGCCUCUUCAGAGACCAGGGAACAUGACUGAAAACUUUCCAUGUCUGCCUGUUGCUGAGCAAAUAGUAACGGAUUUCAUCUUGGCGUUCAUUCCUGGAGGCAUUUGGGAGAUACAUUGCACAAAUGACAUGCAAAAGGUUUUUAGCCAUUAUGCCAGCUGGGGGCUUAUUCAUCAUGAUGCGUAUUAGCAUUAUUAUUAGGGAGGGGGAAUCAGAGCCUUGCUUUCCAGUAGACUAUGCAGCUUAGAUGCAAGAUCAUGAUAUGAGAUUUUUACAAAACAACACAAGUAUCAUUAACUAAAAGGAGAACAACUGUGCAAAAUUCCCAUUUGGCAAAGUCAUCUGUUGCCAUUUGUAACAUAAAGAGGCAAGCCAUUUUCCAAGAAAACAACUGUGAAUGUCAACACUUUCAUCAUUCAUUUUCUUGGCCUUUUGUUGUUUAUUUAUAUCAAUACUUGUGAACUAUCCCACCCCAGAGAACCACAUUAAUCCUUGUAUGCACAACUCCAUUGUUUGUAGUGGGGUUAACUAUGUGCAAAGGAGUGUAUGGUUUUUUAAAAAAAUGUUAAUUGUUUCUCUAGAAUAAAGAGGCCUCUUGGUCCAUCUCUUUCCAAGCUACUGAAGUCUCAAUUCCUUUUUCAUAGAUUCA